AUUAGAUUUUCCUUUCCCAAAUCUAAUAGUCUCUAGUGUUGCAAAAGAGAACAAGUGGAAGAGCACACAAGGCCAUCAAAACACUUAGAUAUCACACAUCAAAGUAAAGGGUUUCCAAGAAAAACUACUUGAUCAACAAUCAUAGAUACAUAUAUGGAUGAAGCUGGAAAUAUUUCAGGAGGAUUUAUGUUCCCAGAAAUGUCUCCACUUCUCCCAUGGACUGUCCCUCAAAGCUUCAAUACUCUUCACUUUCCGAGCAACCAAGUUCAUCACCGCGAUCCAUUUAAUCUUUUUCCACCAGUACCAUCACCUUAUGGAGGUUUAUUCAACAGAAGAUCAUCUCCUUUUGGUCUCCAAGAUGAGCUGCAGAAAGUGAGUGCUCAAGAAAUAAUGGAUGUCAAAGCUCUUGCUGCCUCAAAAAGCCACAGUGAAGCUGAAAGGAGACGUAGAGAAAGAAUUAAUAAUCAUCUUGCUAAACUCCGAAGCCUUCUUCCCAGCACUACAAAAACGGAUAAAGCAUCACUGCUAGCUGAGGUGAUACAACAUGUGAAGGAGCUCAAGAGAGAAACGUCACAAAUAACUGAUACAAAUCCAGUCCCAACUGAGAUGGACGAACUAACAGUUGAUAAUUAUUCGUCUGAUGAAGAAGGAAACUUUGUGAUCAAGGCUUCAUUGUGCUGUGAAGAUAGGUCUGAUCUUUUGCCUGACCUUAUCAAGACUUUGAAAUCUUUAAAGCUAAGAACAUUAAAGGCUGAAAUAACAACACUUGGUGGACGUGUUAAAAAUGUGUUGUUCGUAACGCAUGGAGAUCAAGAAGACCACAAUACUAAUGAUGAUCAACUGCAAUAUUCUAUAAGCUCAAUACAAGAAGCACUAAAAGCAGUGAUAGAGAAAUCUAGUGGGACUUCAGGGAGUGUUAAGAGACAAAUUAAAGGACUACUAACUUAAGUAUUCUUGAACACAGAUCUCUCUAGGGAUCGAUAUCCUUCUUAGGGAAUGGAAUUGUAGUAGAAUAGUAAAUACUUUUUUUAUUAGAGGUCUCGGGUACGAGCCUUAAGUAUAUAUGGAAUUCCUUGUAUUUA